AUGACGGCUCCGCAACAGUAUUACGAACUCUACCGGGGCAGCAGUGUCACUUUCCGUGUUCUUCGUAUCGGCGAGGCACUCAUCGACACUAUCGAUGAUCUUAUCAACGAUGGACGGAUAGAACCCCAGCUAGCGAUGAAGAUUCUCGCAAACUUCGAUCGCUCCAUCGCCGAAACGCUCGCCGAAAAGGUCAAAUCCAGACUCACCUUCAAGGUCCGCAAGCCGAUGUACGCUGGGCAUCUGGAAACAUAUCGGUUCUGCGACGAUGUGUGGACGUUCCUUGUCAAGGACGUACGAUUCAAGAGCGAUGGUGGCCAAGAGUUCCAGGCAGACAAAGUCAAGAUUGUCAGCUGCAAUUCCAAGAAGCCCGGUGAGGUCUAG